GUCCGUCCCUCCCUCCCUCUCUCUCACAAACAUACGCAAAAGAGGAAUGGCGUUAUGGAUGGAAGCGGGUUCGGAUCCCACCACUGAAUCCGAGAAAGCGGACCUUGAAGCUAUCGCUGCCCUCAAACAGUCUGCUGCCCUCGAACUCAAGGAAAAGGGUAACCAGUAUGUAAAGAUGGGUAAAAAACACUACUCUGAUGCCAUUGAUUGUUAUACGAGGGCAAUUGAUCAGAAGGUUUUAAGCGACUCUGAACACUCGAUUCUCUUUUCGAAUAGAGCCCAUGUGAAUUUGCUGCUUGGAAAUUACAGACGCGCUCUCAUGGAUGCUGAGGAGGCAAUUAAGCUGUUCCCCGAAAACGUCAAGGCAAUUUAUCGAGCUGCGAAAGCAACUCUGUCAUUGAACUUGUUGGCUGAAGCGAAAUCAUUUUGCGAAAGUGGACUUGAACAUGACCCAAACAAUGAAGAACUAAAGAAGCUUGCAAAGCAGAUUGAUUCGCGGAGGUUGGAGCAUGAACAACGUGAGGCUCAGGUUUCCAGGGCUGUUGCUGAGGCUAAGGGCCUUGUUUCUGCCAUUGAAGAUAGAGGCUUGAAGAUUGGGAAGGCAAUGUUUCGAGAACUUACUGGA